GACAGCCCGAGAGGAUACAGCCCUUGUCCUGGCAUCCUCCCAGUAGGAUGCAGGAAGGAGGCUGACCCACCAUACUGAAGAGCAUUUCAUCAAGUUCCCUGCUCCGUCCUGAUUCCACGAGCCAGGAUGAUGGAAUCACGUUUGCUGAUGCUGGGAGUACUCUCAUUCAUCACAGUACCCAGUUGUCUUACAGACAUGUGUGUGGAAGACCCACCUAAGGUCAUGCAUGCCACAUUCAAAGCACUCGCCUACAAGAAUGGCACCAUCCUUAACUGUGACUGCAAGAGGGGUUUCCGAAGAACAAAGGAGUUGGUCUAUAUGGUUUGUUUAGAGAACUCCUGGAGCAGCAACUGUCAGUGCAUAAGAAACUCCAAUAACAACAGAAGAAACCAAGUUACACCUAAACCUGAAGACCAGAAAGAGCAACAAAUCACAGAAAUGCCAAAAUCAACACAGUCUGUGCAUCAAGAGAACCUUCCAGGUCACUGCAGGGAGCCCCCUCCAUGGGAACAUGAAGAUACCAAGAGAAUCUAUCAUUUUGUGGUAGGACAGAGAGUUCACUACGAGUGCAUUCAAGGAUACAAGGCCCUACAGAGAGGUCCUGCAGUGAGCAUCUGCAAAAUGACCUGUGGGAAGACGGAAUGGACGCAGCCCCGGCUCACAUGUGUAGAUGAAGGAGAGUACCAUCAGUUUCCAGCCAGUGAAGACUCUCAAGGAAGCAGAGAUUCUUUUCCCGAGAGUGAGACUCCCUGUCCCGUCACCACUGGAGACUUGCAGCCACUCACAGAAGCAGCGACAACUAUGGAGACCUUCAUCCUGACAAUGGAGUAUCAGCUGGCAGUGGCCGGCUGUGUCUUCCUGCUCAUCAGCAUCCUUCUUCUGAGCGGGCUCACCUGGCGGCGUAGAUGGAUGAAGAGCAGAAGAACCAUCUAGAAAACUCGGAGCAGUCGGAGGCCAGGAGAAGCUAAUGGGAAUCAUGAAGCUCAAGCAAAAUCAAAGAAGUCAAACACUCACUCAACAGGUGUCUCCUGUUGAUCCUUUGGGUUCUAGAAGGUUUUGAAGUCACAGGCUAUAACUGCACAUUAAGAAACUGCAACCCCAUCACUAAACUGGAUGCUGCCAUUGAAGAAUGGGAGAGAGGACGCCACAGCGCUCUGUGUUCUGUUCUCGUGGACAUACGUGGAUGAAAGCUAGGAUGGCAUGGACACUUUUUAUGCCAUAUAGAAUACAGAAAGAAGUAGCUUUGGGUGACUUCAUUGUAAUUUCCCAGUUUGGAAAGUCUACGUAAAGCCUAGCACUAAUGUAAAUACUCUUUCUCCUCCCUCGUCUUCCCUCUUUCUCCCUCGUCCUCCCUCCUCUACCUCCUCCCCUGUGCCCCCUCCCUGCUCUCACAAGCUCACCCGAGUCAAGUGGCUCCUUCAUCAACCUCUGGUUGUCUCACUGGCUCUUCUGACAUCACUUACCGAUCAGCCUUUCAACUGGGGCUGGCAACUAGGACUCUGUAUGUUGUUCUCUCAGUCCUAGAAGGGAGCCAGCCCCCUUCCUGUUGAAGCUUCCGUUUUGAAUGUCUAAAGAACAGAAGCUUUGGAAGAGCAGUUUUUGAAUAACACCAAAGUAAGGGGUCAAGAUGUGGGGAACAGUGGAGGGUCAAUGUUCGGCAGCCCGCGUCUAGGGUCAACGUCAGGAGCAGAAGGUUAGGUCCUGGGACAUGAAUCAUACUUAUCUAAUGCUUUCCUAAUGGGCCACUCUAAGAGCUGGUUUCUUUGGGACUGUCUUCAACUGCACUCUAAAUUUAGCCUGGGUUGUUGAUGCUUGUAGACGCGGACCUUGUACAUGUCAUGAAAACACUGAGAAGCAAGGAAUCUUUUCUAUGUUUAUGGAAGGGAGAAAAGAAAUAAGGAAGCAGAGGAGGUGAUUAUACCAAAGAUUAACUGUAGACUGGAUAGCCCAGCCAUCCUCAAAUAAUUCCCCUCCAAAAUCUCCCAAUUCAGAGUCACCAGGAGGCCUUAGGAAACGGACUGCAGGGCCAGUCCAGUCUGAGUCAAUAGUGUGGAAUUUGGGUUUCUCAUAAGUUCCUGGGUGGUGACUUGAUGUUGAUCUCUAGGCCACACUCUGAACCACCGGGCUCUCCCUGUGUGCUCUCACCUUCUCUUGCUACUAAAAGCAACCGGUUCUGGUGCGCAGGUCCCCGAGAACAUUCUUGUUCAAUCUCUUCUUGUAAGAUUUCCUCUCAAGUGAGUUGAGCCAGAUGUUCAAACCUAACAGUGUUUUGGGGAUUCACAAGAAACUUAAGCUAUCAGUUUUCACUUCUGAAACAACUGGAAAAUGUUACGGGAAGUCAAAUGUCAGACAGAGCCCUUUUUGGUCUUUAAUAUGACCAAGUAUAAACCAGACUUUUCCUAUCUUUGGUCCCACCCCUUUCCAAAAUAUACUUUUUUUUGGGAAAAGCAAAGUUAAGUAGAAUCUCAAAUGACUAAUUUUAGAAAAGAAAAUGUUAAAAAUCUUUCUAAAGAGCUGUAGUUAGUGGCACAAACUUGCAAGCCCAGCACUCAGGAGGCUGAGGCAGGAGAAUCACAGCAAGUGUGAAGUCAACUUGACCUACAGAGCAAAAACUCUGCCUCAACCGCCACCCUUUCCAUAAAAACAAUCUUACUUGCAUAAAAUUAAAAUUUUUAAUGUACAUCUGUUUACCACAUGUGUGCCUGGUGCCCAGAGAGGCCAGAAGAUGAUGUUGGGUCCCCUGGAACAGCUGGUCAUGAGCUGCCAUGUAGGUGCUAGGAACUGGACCCCUG